CGGUGCAGCCGCCACCUCCCCCUCUCCCCUCCGCGUUGGCGGCAGAGGCGGAGGCGGGCGGCGGUGGCGGAGGAGGAGGAGGAGGAGGAACCCGACACACUCCGGCCCCGCUUCCGCCCCAGCCAAAGCCGAAGCUGCAGCCGGCGCCAGGCCGGGGCCAUGGGCGCCCCGCGCCGCCCGGGUCAUGAGAACGGAGGCGGAGGCAGCGGGGCCGUCCCUGGAGCCCGACGAGCUGACUGAGGUGCUCAGUGUUCAGGGCCAGUGUCCCGCUUUCCGCCCUUGGUGACAGCUGCCAACCGAAGCCAGCAGGGCCGUCUGGGCAGACCUAGCCCUCAGGGGACUUUGUGCAGCUGCCCGUGCCCAUCAUCCAGCAGCUCUACCACUGGGACUGCGGCCUGGCCUGCUCCAGGAUGGUGCUGCGGUACCUGGGCCACCUGGACGACGGCGGGUUCGAGGGGGCCCUGCAGGAGCUGCGGCUGACCCGCAGCAUCUGGACCAUUGACCUGGCCUACCUGAUGCGCCACUUCGGGGUGCGGCACCGCUUCUGCACCCAGACCCUGGGGGUGGACAAGGGCUACAAAAACCAGUCCUUCUACAGGAAACACUUCGACACCGAGGAGACCCGCGUCAACGAGCUGUUCGCACAGGCCCAGGCCUGCAAGGUGCUGGUGGAGAAAUGCUCGGUGAGCAUCCAGGACAUCCAGGCGCACCUGGCGCAGGGCCACGUGGCCAUCGUGCUGGUGAACUCGGGGGUGCUGCACUGCGAGCUCUGCUCCAGCCCCGCCAAGUACUGCUGCUUCGCCCCCCGCGGCCACCGCUGCUUCUGCCGCACCCCCGACUACCAGGGCCACUUCAUCGUGCUGCGCGGCUACAGCCGGGCCACGGGCUCCAUCUUCUACAACAACCCGGCCUUCGCCGACCGAAUGUGCAGCACCAGCGUCAGUAACUUCGAGGAGGCCAGGACCAGCUACGGCACGGACGAGGACAUCCUCUUUGUCUACGUGGACAGCUGACAGCGGAGCCGGGCCCACUCAGGAGGCCCGGCCCAGCCCAGGCUGCUGGGGCUCGGAGACAGAGCAAGGGCCUCAGCCCGUGGGACAAAGCCCCAGGGAAUUCUGGGAGGUCGCAGCACACCUGACUCAUCACCCACCAGUGGUGAGUGCCAUCAUGCCACUCAGCCCGCACACCCGCUGGGUGCUGGGGACACCCCCAGAGCUGAGCAGAGCCCCCCAGGACCCCAGUCUGACUCCGACUGCUCAGGGGCACCCAGCUCCGAGGGCGCCCGUACUGCCUCAAGCCAACUCCGGUUGGGGGAGCGGCCUGGCCCGUCCCCCCUCAGACCGGGGGACCCAGCCCGGGAGAGAGGUUGCUUGUCAGGACAGCAUGUGUGUGUGUGUAUUGGCUGACCCGGCCUCGCUGGGAGCUGUCCCCCCUUCUCCCUGGGGGUGCUGCGGAGCCCAGUCCCCAUGGCUGGUGGCCCCUGGGAGGGCUGGGCCUUGGGCAGAACAGACUCUGUCCCCCCCCCCCCUCCCCCCAGCCCUCCAGGUGCCCAAGCUCUAGGGGUGUGGGCAGGCUCCUGCCACUGGCCUGCGUCCCAGCAGCGGGCUGUCCUUUGAGAACGGGGAGCCCCAAGUCUCGCAGGGCUGGGUGCUGGGCGCCAGGACAGGCUGCGGCCUCCCCCCACCCUGGUGUUCACGCCACGACCUUUGGCACAGAAUAUUGGGUCUCCUGCCUGGGUGAGAAGCGGUGCCCGCCCAGGUCACAGCGCGGCGUGGGCACGGGCUAGAACUGUGGCCUUUUCUUUCUUUUUUGGGGGGGAGGGAGGCGGGUUAUUUGAGAUUUACGUUUUCACUUCUGGGAUGAGAUUCACCCCAAGACGCUAAUAGUGAGACUGCAGGUACUUGGAACACGGACACCUCUUCACGGGCAGACGCGCCAGUUCAGGUCCCUCCUCAGAGAGGAGGCCCCGCGGGGCCCAUGCCAGGCCCUCACCUGCAGGCAGAACCCCUGGGUCGGGGAGUUUGCCCGGGACCCUGACGGUGAGCUGGGUCCCCACCCAGGCCUGCACCUAAGAAAUAAAGGAAGUGGAUCCUGCCCGCAGGGGCUGCCUCUGGCGAGGGGGCAGGGGUGCCUACAGCCCCGUUCUGCACCCCUGUGUCUGUGCCCAAGGCUGCCCCCCCUCCCCAAGGCAAACCACCCUCAGCAUCUGCCCCACCCGCCAGCUGUCCCUCCCCACUGGCGGCUGGCGGGGCUGGGUGGGCCCACUAGAAGGGCUGGCAGGCUCACCAGCGUCUCAGCACCAGCCGUGGCCUUGGCCGAGAGGGAGGUGCCACCCUGGGGUGCAGCUAGUGUGGUCUUCAGACUGGUCUCUGUUGCCUUAACGCUGCGUGGCCCGGGAUCCCGGGGAGCCUGGCUCCAUGCCCAGGAGCCCACGUGUGGCAGCGUGGGGUGGGCGUCCUCAGGAGGGGCUGGGGAGACUGGCGAGGACAGAUGAAUCGUGGGAAACGGGCAGGGCGGCUGAGGGAGGGAGACCGGAGCGGCUGGCGGGAGAGCAGCCUCCGUGAGGGUGGGCACAGCGCCUCUGUCCAUCGUGUGACACUUAAAAACGCUCCGUCCCUGGGUGUGGAGGGUGGCUUCUCGGGGGACCACAGGCAGGUCACCUGUCUGGGAGGAUGGCAGGAGAGCUGCCUGUCCCUGAGCGGCCAUCUGCCCGGGGAGGGUCACGGGGGGGGGGGGGGGGGGGAUGUGAACCACGCGCCAUUGUGCAAUGAGAAAUCAUGAAGAUGGAGAUGGGCCAAGAAGAGCCCCGUCUGCCUACAGACCAACCCCCUGUCCACAGCUGGGUCCCAGCACAGCCCCUGAGCCACGUGGACAGGUGGCUCUGUCCACUCCAGCCACGUGGGGACAAAAGGGAUCUUUUGCAUUGCGGAGAUUUUAUACAUAAAUCUAUUUUGUCUGUAAUGAGCCAUUCUCAAUAAAUGUUUCUCACUGCAACGUGACUGCCCC